AUGGGUAAGGAAGAGAAGGCUCACAUCAACGUCGUCGUUAUCGGCCACGUCGAUUCCGGCAAGUCGACCACCACUGGUCACUUGAUCUACCAGUGCGGUGGUAUCGACAAGCGUACCAUCGAGAAGUUCGAGAAGGAGGCUGCCGAGCUCGGCAAGGGUUCCUUCAAGUACGCGUGGGUUCUUGACAAGCUCAAGGCCGAGCGUGAGCGUGGUAUCACCAUCGACAUUGCCCUCUGGAAGUUCGAGACUCCCAAGUACUAUGUCACCGUCAUUGACGCCCCCGGUCACCGUGACUUCAUCAAGAACAUGAUCACUGGUACUUCCCAGGCCGACUGCGCCAUUCUCAUCAUUGCUGCCGGCACUGGUGAGUUCGAGGCUGGUAUCUCCAAGGAUGGCCAGACUCGUGAGCACGCCCUGCUCGCCUACACCCUCGGUGUCAAGCAACUCAUUGUUGCCAUCAACAAGAUGGACACCACCAAGUGGUCUGAGGCCCGUUACGAGGAGAUCAUCAAGGAGACCUCCAACUUCAUCAAGAAGGUCGGCUACAACCCCAAGACUGUUGCCUUCGUCCCCAUCUCCGGUUUCCACGGCGACAACAUGCUUGCCCCCACCACCAACGCUCCUUGGUACAAGGGUUGGGAGAAGGAGACCAAGGCCGGCAAGUCCACCGGCAAGACCCUCCUUGAGGCCAUCGACUCCAUCGACCAGCCCAAGCGCCCGACAGACAAGCCCCUCCGUCUUCCCCUCCAGGAUGUCUACAAGAUCGGUGGUAUCGGCACUGUGCCCGUCGGCCGUAUCGAGACUGGUGUCCUCAAGCCCGGUAUGGUCGUUACCUUCGCUCCCUCCAACGUCACCACUGAAGUCAAGUCCGUCGAGAUGCACCACGAGCAGCUCACUGAGGGUCUUCCCGGUGACAACGUUGGUUUCAACGUGAAGAACGUUUCCGUCAAGGACAUUCGCCGUGGCAACGUCGCCGGUGACUCCAAGAACGACCCCCCUGCCGGCGCUGCUUCCUUCAACGCCCAGGUCAUCGUCCUUAACCACCCCGGUCAGGUCGGUGCUGGCUACGCCCCCGUCCUCGACUGCCACACUGCCCACAUCGCCUGCAAGUUCUCCGAGAUCCUCGAGAAGAUUGACCGCCGUACCGGAAAGUCUGUUGAGAACAACCCCAAGUUCAUCAAGUCUGGUGACGCUGCCAUCGUCAAGAUGGUUCCCUCCAAGCCCAUGUGUGUUGAGGCUUUCACCGACUACCCCCCUCUGGGACGUUUCGCCGUCCGUGACAUGCGUCAGACCGUCGCUGUCGGUGUCAUCAAGUCCGUUGACAAGUCCGCUGCCACCUCCGGCAAGGUCACCAAGUCCGCUGCCAAGGCCGCCAAGAAAUAA